AUUAAAUACAUAUCACCCAAUUCUCCCUUUUCCAAACUCUCCAACUUUCUUUUUCGUUUCUCUUCUCUAACAAAUGGCGUCCAACAAAGCCCUACCUCGCCGUCUCUUCAACGCCGCCAAUCGCUUACUCUUCCCAAAUUCCCCCAAUCCCCGCCCCCAUGUAUCCAAUAACCUCCCUCUUGAUCCCGGAGACCAUGCAAUUUUCCGUCGUUUCCUUCAUCGGAGGCCCAGUUUUCCCCCUCCCUCCACAUUCACCCGAUCAUCAUCGCUUCCCCCACUGCCCGUCGGAUUUGGGAAUGUGAUGGAACAGCUACUUUCCCGCGAUAGGAUUCUUUUAGAUGGACUGAAGCCUCCGACGUCGGUUCCUUCGGAAUUGGAGGGACUUACGGUGGAGGAGACGAGGAAGUUAGUGAAAUUGACGGAGGUGGUGAGAUUGAAGAGGAAAUUGAAGGAGAUUCCUAGGAGUUGGAUUACGUAUCGGGAAUUUGUUCGGAUUUGUGGAGAAGAUUGUUCGGAUGGUAAUGAAGAUUAUGGCGUUGAGUUGGCUAAGAGGCUUGAUCAUUCCGGUGCCGUCAUCGUUUUGGGCAACUUUGUGUUUCUCGAUCCCGAGCAGAUGGCGAAAUCAAUUGCUAGCUUGAUUCCCAGUCUAGUAAACCAAAACGAAGGCUCAAAAGGCAACGAGGAGCUUGAAGAAAUGGAGAAGCAGAAGACGAUGAUCGACAUGGAGGCCGACCAACAAGUCCGUCGUGAGCUUCGGUGGGGGCUUGGGUUUCUGGUAGCUCAAACCGCUGCCCUUAUGAGGCUAACAUUUUGGGAGCUAACUUGGGACGUAAUGGAGCCAAUUUGCUACUUCAUAACGUCAUCAUAUUUCAUGGGUGGUUAUGCCUUCUUUCUAACCACUUCCAAAGAGCCUUCUUUUGAAGGGAUUUACCAAAGCCGCUUCAUGGCUAAGCAAAAGCACCUCAUGAAGCUCCACAAUUUUGACAUCCAUAAAUACAAUCGCCUCCGAGGACUUCAUUGUUCCAACCCUUUCACUUCUACAAACCAUCAUUUUUUAUAAAAUUUUUGAAAGUAUAUAUAUACAAAAAUUGGUUUUGAAAAUUAUUUCUUUCAUACUUUUUAUACUUUCUUCUGAGAUGAGUUUUUAACAUUUGUAUACUUCGAAGAAACUAAUGAAAUUUCAUUUACUCUUAAAUGUAAUCUUAUAUUUAUGCCAUUAACAUUCACACCUA